ACCGCCUGCCCCUGCUGCGGCCAGCCGUGCCCCCGCCGCAGCCUGAGGUCCAACGUGCGGCUGGCGGUGGAGGUGCGCAUCAGCCGGGAGCUGCGGGAGAAGCUGGCUGAGCCCGGAGCCCGCGCGGGGAAGCGCAGAGGGGGCCGCAUCCCCACCAUGGGCUGCCUGGACCCGCACGGAGAGGAUAUAAGGAAGACUUGGAGAAGACCUGAUGCCCCACCACCCAAGUCAUCUAACUCAGACGAUGCUCUCCCCGAAGACUAUCCAGUGGUCAAAAACAUGCUCCACAGACUGACGGCCGACCUGACCCUGGACCCCGGCACCGCGCACCGCCGCCUGCUCAUCUCGGCGGACCGCCGCAGUGUCCGACUGGCCCCCCCAGGGACACCCGCGCCCCCCGACGGCCCCGCGCGCUUCGAUCAUCUCCCGGCGGUGCUGGGUGCACAGGGCUUUGGGGCCGGCCGGCACUGCUGGGAGGUGGAGACCGCCGAGGCCGCCUCCGGCCCAGACCGCUCUGGGGAGGACGAGGACCACGGCGAGAGCCGCUACGCCGUGGGUGCGGCCGGGGAGUCGGUGCGCCGCAAGGGCCGCGUGGGGCUGUGCCCCGCGGGGGCUGUGUGGGCCGUGGAGGGCCGCGGNNNCCGCCUGUGGGCCCUCACGGCUCCCGAGCCCACCCCGCUGGGCGGCGCCGGGCCCCCGCCGCGCCGCAUCCGUGUGGACUUGGACUGGGAACGGGGCCGCGUGGCCUUCUACGACGGCCGCUCGCUGGACCUGCUCUUCGCCUUCCAGGCGCCCGGGCCCCUGGGGGAGCGUAUCUUCCCGCUGCUCUGCACGCGCGACGCCCGCGCCCCGCUCCGUAUCGUGCCGGCCGAAGGCUGAGUCCCACCCACACCGCCAGGAGCGAAGCACUCACGCAGGAGAAGCGUGUGCACCCUUCCGCUUGGCCUCAGUGUCCGCGUCCACACCCAAAGCCGAGUCCAUGCCUGCCCCUCCCUCCCGGACGCGGCUCCACGUUCGGUGCCCUCCCGCCUCAUCUCUCCCCUCCCACCUUCCGCUAGUCCAGACCGGAGCGCUCCACCAGGAUCCUUAUCCACGGCCUCCCUUCCCGCUCUUGCCUCUUCUCCUGGUCUCCAGGAAGGGCCCAGCCCUUCUCCACAGUUCUAAGGCUCGGGCUUCCCUGCCCUGGCCAAUCUGAGCUUUCUCUUCAAGACUGCCUGGGUCCCAGGGCCCUCUAGGAGGCUUACUGUCCUUUUGGGGAAGGGGGCAGGCAGCUCUACUCCGUGCUGCCUGCUUUCUGUGCUCAUAGCCUUUCCCCCUUUGGAACCUCCUGAAGAUUCCCCCCUGUAAGGAACCACUGGUGCUCUCUCCCCGACCUGGGAAUGGCCCAGACACCCCAAGCUUAUCCUUGUAUAUAGCUUCACAUCUUUCUCCGUAUGUAUAAAUGGGCCCAUAUUUAACACAUUUUGUGAUGCUGGGUUAUUUAUUUUGUGCAUCUGUGGCAAUAAAUGAGAUCUCAGUGGUGGUA